GCACCGCUACUACUGAAUCAAAGUGUUUUUCGCGUUCUUAAGCUACGAUCCGUUUUCUGUGUCCGUUGCAAUCAAAUUUGCUCUUGUAGAAAUCGCAUAAAAACCAAUUUGAAUCAGCAGCCAUGUUCAAAUACGUUGUCGUUGUCGCCUUGGCGUUGGUAGCUAGCGUCGCCGCUGCUCCAGGAUACUUGAGUGGCGCGCAUGGUGGUGCUCUUUUGGGUGGCCUAUCCUCUGGCCCGGCCUUAUCGUUGGCGCAUGCCGCCCCUGCCAUUUCUUAUGGUCAUGCUGCACUCGCCGCACCAUCAAUCUCUUAUGCUGCUCCAGCUAUCACCAAGAUCGCAGCUCCAGCAAUCAGUUAUGCUCCAGCCAUAUCGCAUGCUCCAGCCAUCUCGUAUGCUGCUCCGGCAAUUACAAAAAUAGCUGCUGCACCAAUCUUGUCGCAUGCCUCGAUCGCUGCUCCAUCCUUGAGCUAUGGUUUGGGACAUGGUUAUGGAUUGGGAUUGGGUCAUGGUGUUGGCUUGGGUCAUGGUCUCGGUGGUAUCGGUGGUAUCGGUUUGGGCCAUGGUAUUGGUUUGGGUCAUGGCUGGUAAAUGUGAGUCGUUGUGGAAUCGUAGACGAGAGGAAAGAAAUUUCCUGUGUUGCUGCAAUGGGUCGUUUGUAAAUGUAAAUAUGUUAUGUAGAUAUGUUGUAAUUUUCUUCUUUUCUU